AUGCCCGUAUCCUACCCUCCAUCCUACCCCACCACCAAGGGUCACGACACAGCCAUCUUCGCCAGUGCGCGAGCGAUGCCGGCGCCAGCGAGAGCACUCCCUUCCCUGCGGCUCCUGCUGUUCCUCGCCGUCGCUUCUGCCGCCCCUUCUGCGCCGGCUGAUCGACCUUCCAGAGACAUGGACUGCAGCCGGGCGGCGCGCCACCUCGACCAGGUCCUCAGCGGCGGCGAGCGGAGCGCCACCUUCUUCGUCAGCGGCGGGGACGAGGGGCUGCAGGCGGUGCGGAUUCGCGUCUACGACUACGACGAGCACUGGGACUUCGCGCUGCGGCCGCCCCACUUCCGCCACGACCUCCGCCGGCAGGAGUGGCACAACGUCACGGUGGCCGAGGAGGAGGCGCGGCUGGCGGUAUUUGUUAACGGCAGACUCGCCACCUACCAGCAUGCUUUAGAUCGAGCAAAAAUGACCCAUAUUACGGUGCUCCUUAAGGGCGAAGGCACCCUGACAUGGUGUGACCCACGUGGAGACUAUUCGAGUUUGCAAGUUGCCCUCAUUGCUUCUGCUGUUGCAGCGUUACUGGUGUUGCUGGUGUUGGUGUUGCUUUGGUGUUGGUGCAAGCGAUGUCGAUCGCUGUAG